GUGACGCGCCUUUCUAAUCUUUAUAUCCAAAGACCAAUUUUUGCCAAAGUACAACCAGCCAAAGUGCGCUUUUAGGACGCUACCAGGUGUUUGCAUGUCUCUCUCUCUCUUUCUCUCCUUAUUUCCUGCGUCUGUUGCUUACUUCAGAGCUGUUCUUUCUCUUUGUGCGCGCAGUAAAUCAGAUCGAUACGUCUGCGCAGCGCGUUCACAGCUGGUCAAACAGAUCCCAGCUCUCCAGCUCACAUCACCUGCUACUUGUCGAGGCAGUGGGCCAGAUCUCUGACCCAAGACCCACAGAUGCCCUUUAGCCUAGAGAACAGGGAACCCAAGCACGUCCUGUGACACAGUUGGGCCUACAAUGCAGUAGUCUAUCAAGCCAGGACCUCGCUUGAGUUCUCCAGAAUGAGCUCCUCCCCUGGUCCGGCCCCUGCGUCAGCCUCCCCUGCCCUGGACUCUGGCAAGGCCAUUCGAGGGGACUCGUCUAACACCUUACCACGUCUGUACACGUCCCCGCUCGGCAUGGACAACCAGACCAUCUGCAUUCCAUCUCCGUAUGUGGAAGCCUGUCAGGAUUAUUCACCGCCCCACAGGGGAGAGAUCAGCCACGGAGCCUUAACGCUCUACAGCCCCGUGUCCUCCACAGUGCUGGGAUACCCUCACCCCCCCGUGUCCGAAAGCCUGGUACCGCUCAGUCCGACGAUCUUCUGGCCUUCCCACACCACGCACACAGCGCUGUCUCUGCACUGCCCACCUCCGCUGACCUACAGCAAAACACACGCACACACCACAUGGGAGAACACAAAGACACACACGGUUAACCAGAGCAGUUCCGUCCUUACUCAUGCAAAGCUGUUAGGGCAGCAACUGGACUGUGAUGAUGGCUUGAAUCCUUCACCAGACAUUGUGGGUAAAGGAGACAUGCACUUCUGUGCGGUGUGCCAUGACUACGCCUCUGGGUAUCACUAUGGUGUCUGGUCAUGCGAGGGGUGCAAGGCUUUCUUUAAACGCAGCAUUCAAGGACACAAUGACUAUAUUUGUCCAGCCACCAACCAGUGCACCAUCGACAAGAGCCGACGCAAGAGCUGCCAGGCCUGUCGACUCCGCAAGUGCUAUGAAGUGGGCAUGAUGAAGUGUGGUGUGAGGCGGGAACGCUGCAGUUACCGUGGUGCUCGCCAUCGUCGCAACCCUCAGAUCAGAGACAGCUCGGGUGGGGCGUUAGAGGUCAGAGGUCAUUCCCAGCAUCAUUUAGAAUUUCCCCUCAAUCCCACUCAUCACCUCUACCCUUCAGGGGACAAAGCUGAGGGGCGUGGCCUGAGCCUCUCCCCUGAGCAGUUGGUCAACUGCAUUCUGGAGGCGGAGCCUCCUCAGAUUUAUCUGAGCGAGCCAAUAAAGAAGCCAUACACGGAGGCCAGCAUGAUGAUGUCACUAACCAACCUCGCAGACAGGGAGCUGGUCCUCAUGAUCAGCUGGGCGAAGAAGAUACCAGGCUUUGUGGAGCUGACUUUGUCAGAUCAAGUGCAUCUUUUGGAAUGCUGCUGGCUGGAUAUAUUGAUGUUGGGAUUGAUGUGGAGGUCCGUGGAUCAUCCUGGGAAGCUCAUCUUCUCGCCUGACCUCAAACUCAACAGAGGGGAAUGGAAUUGUGUUGAAGGCAUCAUGGAGAUCUUUGACAUGUUGCUGGCCACCACCUCCAGAUUCAGAGAACUGAAGCUCCAGAGAGAGGAAUACGUCUGCCUCAAAGCCAUGAUCCUUCUCAACUCCAAUAACUGUUCAAGCUUGCCACAGACUCCUGAAGAUGUGGAAAGCCGUGGGAAGGUUCUGAGGCUGCUGGACUCCAUAACUGAUGCGCUGGUUUGGACCAUCUCCAGAACAGGCUUGUCCUCACAGCAACAGUCAAUCCGGCUUGCCCAUCUUCUAAUGCUGCUCUCACAUAUUCGACACCUCAGCAACAAAGGCAUUGAGCAUCUGUCAUCUAUGAAGAGAAAAAACGUGGUGCUGUUGUAUGAUCUUCUGUUAGAGAUGCUAGACGCCAACACGUCCCAGAGCAGCCGGAUGCUGACGGCACACACAGAAGCCUCUCUCCAGUCGGACACACAACAGAAUGCAGGGAUCCUCCACACAUCCAGACAGCAGCCUGCAUUGAAAGAGAGCAACCAGGAGACACGGCACAGUCCACAAGCUGAGGAAACAGUGGAUAAGACAUUACACUGUAGUCUGCAUCGAGUGGACAUGGACACAGACUGACAGUAGUAUCCCUUUUGUGGGGUAAAAACCUCUCUGCAUCCAGCAUUGGAUUCCAAGCUACUUGUCAUAUGUAGGGUCGCAGGGGAUUCAAACCAGACCUGGGAAAAAGAACUUUAGAUGACCAGCAACAUCGUGAGCCAAACAGGGCUUUCAAAUGGCGCUUAGUCCUGCUUGAAUACAAUACAGACGUAAUGUCAACCCGAAGCGGAAUCCUCCUCAUCCAAACCAAUCAUGUGUUCAGUAUUCAAGAAGUCACAAAUGGAAUCUUUUUAAUGGCUGGUUCCAUUAAAUGUGAAGUGUGUAGUUUCUGUGCCAAACAACAUUCAAACACUCCCCCGUCUGCCAUUUCUCAAUAACCAGCUAGCACCAUUGGUUGAUCACACCAUUGGCUGAUCCAGUGUUAUGUUGUGUCCCUUUGAGCCAUUUAAAUAGAUUUUCCAAAAUUACACACUGCACAUUUAAUUAUUUUGUUUGCCAUCAAAGAUGUCUGAGAACCUCUGACUCAACAUGACUGUUUCUCUAAAGACUGGCCAAGCUAAGUGAAACGCACACUUCUAAUAGUUUAUGCAUUUUGUACUCUGUGUAUUUGCAAGACAUUGGAGUGCUGUUGUUUGCUGUCCUGUGGUGCUUUUCAUGGUUUAUAAAGUGCUUGUUAUCGACAGUAAAUGUAACACUUUUAAAAACA